AGCGAUUGAAAAAAAAAAAGCUCCACCAGUGGACUGUUUCAAGUUCCCCCCGGCUGAAACCCUGCCUGAUUUGUGGGCAAUGUUGGGGAUGUAGAAAAAAAGGAAACCGGAGCAAAGAGAGCGCAAGGGAGAAAUAGGGAGACAACACUAACUGGGUAGCUAUGGAGAUAGUAGCUUUUCCUGGUAGCUUUCUUUGACAGGUGUCGAGUGGGAUAAAAUAAAGUAUCAGAACAGCUUCCAAGAUGUACGGCAAGGGUAAAGGAGCUGUGGUCCCCUCCGAUAGCCAAGCAAGAGAAAAGUUAGCGUUAUAUGUGUACGAGUACCUGCUACAUGUGGGAGCACAGAAGUCCGCACAGACCUUCCUGUCUGAGAUUCGAUGGGAGAAGAAUAUUACAUUAGGGGAGCCCCCUGGAUUCCUCCAUUCGUGGUGGUGUGUAUUCUGGGAUUUGUAUUGUGCGGCUCCAGACCGAAGAGAGACAUGCGAGCACUCCAGUGAGGCAAAGGCCUUCCAUGACUACAGCGCAGCGGCAGCGCCCAGCCCAGUGAUGGGCAACAUGCCCCCGAACGACACCAUGCCAGGUGGUCCCAUGCCCCCAGGCUUCUUCCAGGGACCACCUGGCUCUCAGCAGUCCCCACACAGCCCCCCACACAACCCCAGCAACCCCAUGAUGGGACCCCAUGGCCAGCCUUUCAUGUCACCACGGUAUCCAGGUGGACCGCGCCCCGCACUCCGAAUGCCAAAUCAGCCUCCGGGAGGAAUCCCUGGAUCUCAGCCUCUCCUGCCAAACAGUUUGGACCCGACAAGACCGCAAGGACAUCCUAACAUGGGUGGACCUAUGAGAAUGAACCCUCCUCGAGGAAUGGCCAUGGGCCCACAGAAUUAUGGAGGUAUGAGGCCUCCUCCCAACUCCAUGGGCGGUCCCAUGCCAGGAAUGAAUAUGGGUCCCGGAGGAAGAGGGCCUUGGCCAGGACCUAAUGCUAACUCUAUAGCCUACUCCUCCUCAUCUCCAGGAAACUACGUGGGUCCUCCAGGCGGAGGAGGUCCACCUGGAACUCCCAUCAUGCCCAGCCCAGGUGAUUCAACUAACUCCAGUGAAAACAUCUAUACAAUGAUGAAUCCCAUCGGACCGGGAGGCAACAGACCCAAUUUCCCCAUGGGACCUGGGCCUGACGGGCCAAUGGGAGCAAUGGGAGCCAUGGAGCCACACCACAUGAACGGAUCACUAGGGUCUGGGGAUAUGGAUGGGUUGCCAAAGAGCUCCCCUAAUAACAUGGGGGGCAUGAACAACCCUCCUGGAACGCCGAGAGAUGACGGUGAAAUGGGCGGGAACUUCUUGAACCCAUUCCAAAGCGAAAGUUAUUCACCCAACAUGACGAUGAGUGUGUGAUUUUAUUUUUUCCUUCUUUUUGUAUUUUUGUUUAUUUUUCCCCCCCUAUUUUUGUACCCCUGCACCUGAUUUUUUUUCUUCUUCUUCAAUUCAAUCCUUACUUCACUUCGGAUUGGACAACUUCCCCUCCUCCACACACACACACCCCUCUGCCCCCUCACCCACGGGAUCCGCAAUCCCCCCCCCCACUCUGGAACUCUAUGGCCACAUAGCCUUCUGGGACAGCCCUUGAGCAUGCUGGGACUCUAAUUAAGACGGGCCCUCCUGGAGCAUGCAAGAUGGCCGUCGGUCUGAAUAGGAAGCAGUCACAGAGCAACAGGAAGAGCCUUCUCUCUGACUCCGGCCCCGGCCUCCCUGGCUUCCUGCCAGGUUCUAGACAAUGAGCGAGGGAAGGAGGACAAACAGAGAGAAAGAGGGAGAGGAGACUGGAUAUCUCAGCCCUCCCCUGAGGACACCGUGACGGGUCUUUUAGCAGCUGCCUGGAAGCUUCUCAACCACGACUUUGGACUUAAAAAUAUUAAUCGUCAUUUUUUUGUUGCUGUUCCUCCCGCGGAUUCAGUUAAGGGUCAGAUGAAACGACCCCCUUUUGCCCCACCCACCCACAUUGUUCUCUCUGUGUACAUUUUUAACAGAGGUGUUGUGAUGAUCAGUGAACUUUUCCCCCCAUUUUUUUGUGUAUGUAUUGUAUCAUUGCUAUUUUUAUUAUUGUAUUAUUGUUAUUAAUGAUAUUGUUAUGAUCAUUUUAAGAUUAGGCUCUAAUUUCUAUUGUUUUUAAGGGCACAUUAUUAUGAUGAAGACAGCAUAUGUGCACACAAAUCAGAAAUAAUUUGCUGUGUAAUAUGCGGCUCCAUGAGGGCACACUGCCCCCUGCAGGUAAGAUUCUAUCCAUCACGGUACUGAUUGGCCCUUUUUAUUUUAUUUUUUAUCUUUCUCAGAGUUUUAGCAACCAUCUUAAAUUUUUAACUUCAUGUUCAAUAAUCCAACCCAGAAGAAGAAGCGGCUCCUGCUUUAGUAGCUUCCAUGCAGUGAAAUGCACAGCUCUAUUUAUUUAUGUACUUUAAAUUUGUUAAUUUUAAAGUGUUGUCCCUGUUUUGUUUUGUUAACUGCAGAACUAGUAGCAACUGUGUAAAUAUGCAGAUCCAGUCAGCAGCAGCGUCUCCUACUCUCCGUCUGACAUCAUAAGACCCCUCUGGCCGAGCCCUAAAGAUGCUGAAGUUUUCAAAAAAGUAUCGACCAUUUUGACCCCACUCAUGCUGCUUCCGCUAAUGCUGCCCACUUAGGUUACUGUUCACUCCAACAUGUACGUAGGCUGCGUUAUCGUCUCUGCUGACCUGUAGUGAACACUUGGAUUGUUUUGCUGAGAAGUCCUCAACACACUGUGAUAUAUGUAGGUGCUUUAUGGAAAUUUGCUUUUACACACCAGUCAGUUUAGCUUGCAGACAUUUUGUUGUCGUACAUGCAGUGCUCCCUCCUUACGGUUGCUUCUGGUGAAAAGACUUCUGGCUCUCUGCUGAUCUUUUUUAUGUCGGAGCAAAGCAGGUCAGGAAGCUGCACGGCGUUGCUCUGUUGACUGUAACAAGUGGCCUCCCUCCCUUUGCUCAUCUUGAAGAAAAAGACCUCCAUCCUUUUCCCCUUUUCUCACCUUUCCAACAGGCCAGCAUCAACAUACAGUCACACACCAUCCCUCUCUGAUUUUUUUUUUUUUGUACAACUCUCCAUCUUUUGAGUUUAAUUUUUUGUAAAUACUGUAAAAUGCAUUUUGAUAUCAUUGACAUGUUUUGAUAUUUUCAAAUCACAACAACAGUUGAUCAGAGAUGUGCUGAUUCAGGGCAACUGUGUGUAUUUGUUCAGAGAUGGUGUGUCUUUUACUCAGAAAUGAUAUGAAUGAUGAGAAACAGAAACUGGAGCUGCUAUAGACUAUUAUGCUAUUUCUUCUCAUCACAGACAAACGUGGGGCUUUACUGUGCAUCAGAGCUGUCGCGUCAAGGGGUCUGAGAGGAUGAGGGAGGAAAAUUCUGAAGUGUUUGAACUCUUUAGCUAACUCACUGUCACACACAUUUCCUUAAAAAAAUCUUAAAUUAAACAUGAUUCUUGUCCAAAAGCCUCUGUUUUUGCAAAAUUUUGAGUGAGGUGGCCAUAAAAACAGGCAUAUUUUUCACGAUUUCUGACAGGGAAUUUGCAAGAACAGAGCGAAAGAGGCCAGUUUUUCAAAAUAAAACUUGUCCCUUCUGCGUCUGCCUUCGACACACUGCAUUUCGGCUUCUACCCUCUUAACACAACUCAAACCGAAAGUAGGGCACACAGGACACUGUCUCUCAAUCCAACACACCAGGGACCAGAGUACAGACUUUACUAUGAAGGAUUUUUUUUAAUCUAUUUAAAAUGGGGCGGGAGAAAUGUUUUGGGAAAGUAAAGAGAAAAAAAUAACGAACAGAUUUGUUCUUCUUGCUAAGAAGAGGUAGAGAGAGUGCGGGAACAGGCGUUUCCUCCCCUGUACGUACUUUGAAAUACUGUUGUAUAAAAUGCAGUCGUACUUCUCUCUAUCUUUUGUCCUGUAAGUAAAGCCGUCACAACGUUGAUCAUUUCUGUAUUUCUAUUGUGCUGAUGUAUAAUACUGUAACAUUCAGGGGUUAGGGAGGGUUAAGAGAGGAAUUUUUUUGAGGGGAGUAAAGAUUUUUCUGUUCAGUUCCUCAUUUUUCCUCUUGAUGACAAAGCAGUAUUGAAUAUGAGGCAGUCUGUCCUUGGGGAGUUGCUUUGUAUCUCAUGUUAGGGUAGUUUCAGAUCCUAAAUGUCUCGUGUAGUAAAAUAAGAGGUUCCUUCUUCGUAUGUUUCUUUAUAUUGUAAAGUUUCUUUAGACAAAAAAAUGUUGCUUAUUGGGAAAAAAGGUGGGAAAACUGCAUUGAUAAUAAAUGUAAUUUUUUUUUCCCGUUAUGUUAAUUUUCAUCAAGUUGUCAGUCGUUUAUGCCUGUGUCCCCCUUGUUGUAGAUACAUAUUAAAAACAAAUAAAAUGACUUCACUCCUUUUGCCAUGAA